UGCCAGCUGUACCGGCCAGUCUCAUGGCUCCUGGGAGCGUCACCAGCAACAGCUCACCCUCCUCGACUUCCACAGCAGGACCAUCCAGGUCCCCUGAAUCUGAAAAGCCCGGCCCAAGCCGCAGCAGCUUCCCAGUAGGACGCCGUCACCCCCCCGUGCUGCGCAUGGUGCUGGAGGCGCUGCAGGCAGGGGAGCAGCGCCGGGGCACGUCGGUGGCAGCCAUCAAGCUCUACAUCCUGAAAAAGUACCCAACGAUGGAUGUCCUUCGCUUCAAGUACCUGCUGAAGCAGGCGCUGGCCACUGGCAUGCGCCGUGGCCUCCUUGCCAGGCCCCUCAACUCCAAAGCCAGGGGGGCCACUGGCAGCUUCAAAUUAGUUACCAAGCACAAGAGGAAAAUCAAGCCCAGGAAGAUGCCCCCGCCGAAGGCCCCCAGGAGAGUGGGUGAGACCAAGGAGAAGGUCCCCAAGAAACCAGAUGAGGCCAAGGAGGAGCCUCCCAAGGCAGACAAGGUGAAAAAGGCAGCCAAGAGGCCAGCAGAGGUGCAGAAGUUUCCUCUCAAGCCAGGUGCAGCCACAGAAAAAGCUUGCAAGCAAGGCAGCAAGGCCAAGGACACCAAGGCACAGAAGCUGCCCCCCAAGCCAGACAAGGCCAUGCGGCCCCCUUCUAGUGCCAGCGGGUUCAGCAGGAAGACAGAGGCCAAAGGCAGCAGGAGGAGCCAAGGAGAUGCUGAGGCCUGCAGGAAAACCAAAGCCGGGAGUAAGAGUUCAAGACCCACAGUCAGCAAGGUCAAGAAUGGUGCUGCUUCCCCAACCAAAAAGAAGUUGGUAGCCAAGGCCAAGGCCCAGGCCCCUAGAGGGGCAGCUGCCCCCGUGGCUGGGCAGGGGCCGAAUGCCAAGGGUGCUUCUGCUAAGGCCAGUGGGUCCAAGGUGGUGCCUGCACACCUGUCCAGGAAGACAGAGGCCCCUAAGGGCUCGAGAAAGGCUGGGCUGCCCAUCAACAUCAAGUCCUCAUCAUCCAGAGUGUCCAGCCAGAGGGCUGAAGCUUAGGGCCGGAGGCAGGGGCGGAGAGAUACCUAGCCUCUGUCCUAGUUUUUAUUCUUUAACAAACCACUGCUCUAUUUAUUUCAUUGUAAGUUAUUUAUCAAUAAAGACUUGUUCCUUUUUCCCCCGCAAUUGUGUGGGUAGGGGCUGAGGUUCAAGGACUUGGCCAUUCGGUCCUCCAUGAACAUCCCCUGAGCACCCGCUGUUUACCUGGCCAAUGCUGGGGCUCAGAUAGGAGGUCCUGCCUCGGGGAGACUGUGUGCUGUAUGGGGCUGCGGCA